CGCAUGCGCCGUGAUCAAGAUCAACAUCACGGAGAGAAAGGUGAUGGCGGAUGAUGGAAGGGAAGAGUCGCUGGGGACUGACGAUGAUUCAGACCAAACGGGAGCGGAUGGCAGCUUGAACAACACUAUGGUGGAAGAGGGCUCGACCCUCAUGCGCAGGAUGGAGAUCUGCGUAGCUGAGGCCGAGAAGAGGAGCGGCAAAAAUGCAGUGAGCAUGCAGGAGACGUUCACUGUGUACCUGAUCGAAACAAGGCCAAUGGAUGCAGUCGCUGAAGGCCGUAACCCAGCCCCCGACUGUCUGUGGAGACGAUACAGUGAGUUUGAACUGCUGCGGAACUACCUGAUAGUUACCUAUCCGUACAUUGUGGUGCCUCCUCUGCCUGAGAAGAGGGCAGAGUUUGUGUGGCACAAGCUGUCUGCAGACAACAUGGACCCUGACUUUGUGGAGCGACGCAGGGUUGGGCUCGAGAACUUUCUUCUUCGUGUGGCUUCUCAUCCAGUCCUCUGCAAUGACAAGAUCCUCUACUACUUCCUCACUGAGGAGCAUGGGUGGAAAGAAGCGGUGUACGAGACAGGAUUUCAGGCAAAGGCUGAUUCCAGGCUCAGGGCUCUCAGUGCCACCUUCAGAGUGAGAAAUCCAGAUAAAUGCUUCAUGGAGAUGAAGCAUUACAGCGAUGAGCUGCAGUCUCACACAUCUCAGCUGCUCCGAACACGAGCAAGGGUUGCUGACCGACUGUACGGCGUUUAUAAGGUUCAUGGAAACUAUGGACGAGUCUUCAGUGAGUGGAGUGCCAUUGAAAAAGAGAUGGGAGAUGGACUGCAAAGUGCGGGUCAUCAUAUGGAUGCAUAUGCUGCUUCAAUAGAUGAUAUCCUAGAAGAGGAGGAACACUAUGCAGACCAGCUGAAAGAAUAUCUUUUCUAUGCCGAAGCUCUGAGGGCGGUGUGCAGGAAACAUGAGCUGACCCAGUUUGAGCUGGAGAUGGCCUCGCAGGAUCUCAUCUCGAAGAAGCAGCAGCGUGAAGAGCUGGCUACAGGGAUCGUGCGGACAUUCUCCUUCAAAGGCAUGACCAACAAGCUUUUUGGACAAGAAGCACCUGAGCAGAGGGAGGCCAGGCUGAAGCUGCUGGAGGAUCUGAUAGCAGAGGGUGAAGAGACUGUCAAGGAGAAAACGAUUGAGCGCGCAGAGCACGUGGAAAAGGCCUGGGUGGAUAUCCAGCGCUUCAAGGAGCAGAAAGACAAAGACCUACGGGAAGCUCUCAUCAACUACGCUGUCAUGCAGAUCAGCAUGUGCAAGAAGGGAAUCCAGGUUUGGAGCAAUGCCAAGGAAUGUUUCCUCAAGAUGUGAGGCUGAGGAAAUAUUCCGAGGAUUUUCCCCCUCUAGGAUGAUUCUGGGAAUAUGAUGCCAGGAGGUGGUGGAUCAUUCAAAGACCGGAACACUGGAGUGUAAUAUUCCCAGACUUAACUGAGACGUUUUUUCUAACUUUAAACAGGUGCUUUGCUUCUUUCAGUUUUUAAAGCUGGAUAACUGCUCGUGGGAUGAGUGAGUAUGCUUUGGGACAGAUAAAGUCAUGUUUGGAAUACGUGGUGUUUCGAUCCACACAUAAACCUUGGUGUAAUCUCAGGCACCUUUGUUUUAUCCACUGAAUCUCUCAGCUUUAUGCGUUCAGAAUUCUGCACUGGACCAUCCCAUAGGUUUGAUUUAUGUUGAAACCUGUCAACUGAACCAAAGUGCAGUUUGUUUCAUUUUUGUGAAAGUAAAGUAGGCAUAAAUAUAGUGAAACGAUAGAGUAACUUCACCUCUGAUAACUGAUGAUUCCGAAUUGGACCUUUCCCUGGAUUUUGUGCUGUUGGUGCCUUUUGAAGCAUUUUUAAUGUUUGUGUGACACAGACUGAGGUUUGAUGAGUGAAAUACAAGAAUAUUAUUAAUGUGCUUUUAAUCACGAACGAGCAGCUGUGUCUUUAUGUAGCACUUUUGCAGUUCAUGAAUGCAGCCUGCUAACUAAGCUUGCUAGUCGUAGUUGCAGCAUUCCUCGCAUUCCAGUCUCUCUUUUUUUCUCUGUUUUUCUACAUGGAAGCAGAAAAACAUCAAACUCAGUUGAUCACAUGACAGUGGCGUUAUCCACGGUCUUUGAUUACAACAUGAAUAAAUGUUUACAGGGAUGUGCAUGUUGCCAUGUGGAAUAAUAAAACUACCGCUCCAAAGCGUCCUACAGCUCACACUGCUAAAGUUGGAGCUCUGCCUCUCCAUCAUAGCGUCAGACAUUUCUGUCUUAUAUCUCUCAUUAUAUCUCAGUGGGGACCAGUGCUACCAGGCAACAGUGUGUCAUGUUUUUUCUGAACUACACGUGUGAAGGGAGCUGAUUGGUCAGAAUAUUGAGGUUAUAUAAAGCACAUGUAUGGGACUAACGAAGACAGAGUCCAUGUUGUACUAAAUACAAAAUGUUAAUUUUAAGAUAAGAUAAGAAGAACUUUAUUUAUCCCGAGGGAAAUUCUUUUGCCAUACACAUGCUCAAUGCAGCAAGAGAGACAGAGGAACAGAAUAAUAAGAUAUACAAUAUGUACAAUAGAAUACAAGUAUACAGUAAUAUACAGUAGGACAGUAAAACCACCAAAGUAACAUUGUUUUCUCUUGCUCUGUCUAUAAAAGGAAGAGGCUACAGGAUGUUGAAGUAGCGACAGCACAUACGUGCUUAACAAUUUAUUAGACCACCACCCAGUGUGAGGUGUGUGCCACAGCUAACGGGUAGAUUAACGGCUAAUGGCAAUUACCGAAAUCCUUUUUAGAUUUCUGCUAUGGUUAAUGCACACGUAUGCACAAGCUCUUUAACUGAAACAAUCGUUUUUAAUGCUGAUAUAUCAUUUUUGUUUUUUCCAUGAAUUUUUAAACUAAUAUUUUUUUCCAAAAAAACAGAAAAUGUUAAAUACUAAAAUUGUCAACUAAUUUUUUGACAAUGCAAAAUUGCAGUUAUUCACUUCGGUUCCUUAACAGAAAAAAUUGUUUUAUUGUUUGAAUUUGAUGCUUAAUACAUUUCUAAGUUCCUGUGCUGGCUCAAAUUUAUGACAGGAGGUCUAAUAAAUGUGUUGAGCUCUGUAUGAUAAGCUGCACAUAAGAGCUCAGUUUCCCUCUGGGAUCAGUAAAGUCUCUCUAAUUCUGAUCUAACGAUAUCUUUGACUGAAACUCUCUGAAGGUUUUGUCUUCGAUAUUCGGUGUUAUUUAAACGACAUGUGAUUUGUUCGAAAUGCUUGCCAGCACUAAAAGCUUUGUGAGUGUGAUGUUUCCUUUUGGGUGUAGCCCCCGUUUGGUCUUUCUGUUUGAAUAAAAAGCGUUGACACUG